AGCAAAGAAGUGGAGAAAGGAUAAGAAAAGGCAAUUGAUGGCAUGCUAAUGCCACUGCACACUAGAGUUUUAAAUCUCACUUUUGUAGUUAUCUCUAAUGUUAUGCGGGGCCCUAUGCAUGAGCUAAACAGUGAAGACACUCUCCUUGUCUUUUAGUGUACAGUUAUUGCGAAACUGCACUUGUCCCCACACACUUAUGAGUUAUGACAUCAACAAGCUUGCACAUUCAUGGCUUCUUCUCUCUUCAGUAGACACCCACUGUUACCCUUCUCUGAAUUCCAAGUCACAUACUUUUUAUCACUAACACUUGCUUUUCACUUCAUUUAGUCUCUUUUGGGCUUCUUGCUGUCCUUUUUUUUAAAAAAAAUUUAUUUCAGUGGAGGAAUGAGUGAAGGGGUGUCUCUCAAGGUGAAGCCGCGUCUGAGUAUGGUUUUUGUGGAGGUGUUUCUUUUGAUUUUGAGUCUGAAUGAAUGUCACUGCAGCCCAUUCAAUAAUCAUGGAGGCUCAUUGUCAACUGACAGAAUAAUGGAUGGUUUUCUGCCUGAGAUCUCUCCAAAUUCAGCUCCUCAGCCCCUUCUUCCUCUUCUUGCACCUUCUCCUUUCGCACCUUUCACAAACAUUACUAUCCCAAAGUUAUCAGGACAAUGCACGUUGAAUUUCACUGCUGCUCAAAGUUUGAUGAGAACGACAUCAACUGAUUGUUGGUCUAUUUUUGCGCCAUUGCUGGCUAAUGUUAUAUGCUGUCCCCAGUUAGAAGCCACCCUUGCAAUUCUUAUGGGCCAAUCCAGUAAAAAUACCAGAACUCUUGCUUUAAAUGAAACUGUUUCAAAGCAUUGCCUUUCAGAUAUCCAGCAAAUUUUGGCUGGUCAGGGUGCAGAAAGUAAUGUGAAUAAGAUAUGCUCAAUUCAUCUAUCAAAUCUCACCGGAGGGUCUUGCCCUGUUAAGGAUGUCAAUGAAUUUGAGGGCACUGUGGAUUCUUCUAAGCUUCUUGCUGCCUGCGAGAAUAUUGAUCCCGUUAAAGAAUGUUGUGAUCAAGUUUGUCAAAAUUCCAUAUUAGAAACUGCUACAAAACUUGCACUAAAAGCUUCUGAAGUAUUGAUCAUAGCUGGGUCCCAUGGUUUAACUGAGCACUCAACAAAGGUUGAUGAUUGUAAACAUAUUGUACUUCGAUGGCUGGCUAGUAAACUUGAGCCUUCCCGUGCGAAGGAGGUUCUCAGAGGACUAUCUAAUUGCAAAGUUAAUAAAGAGUCUGGAUGCCUUCUACCAAGCUUGCCGUCGGAUGCAACAUUUGACCAUUCCUCAGGGAUCAGCUUCAUCUGUGAUUUGAAUGACAAUAUUCCUGCUCCAUGGCCAUCAAAGUCUCAGUUAUCAGCACCGUGCAAUAAAACCAUCAAAAUCCCAGCACUUCCUGCUGCUGCAAAUGCUCAAAGUGGUCUUUACAAUGAAGAUGUGGUAUUUUAUGUGCUGUUUGCUGCCUCAGCUGUUACCAUGAUGCUCUUGUAGUCUUUUGUUUGAGCCAUUCCUGCUUCCUCUCGGCAUCAAGAAUGCUAGCUUGCAUGAUACAAAUUUUUUAUUUGUUACUUGUGAAAUGAGGGUAAUCAUAUAGAAGUUAGAAAGAGGUCUCGCAUGCCCGACUCUCAUCCAAACCAAGUGUACCUGGGAGAGUCUCAAUCUGGUAUGAAUCAAUCAAACUUGCUUUUCUGAUUGUACUGAUUCGUGAUUCUUGCACGCUUCUUGUAAUAAUAUUUUUUUGUAAAGAAAUGCUAGGAAAAAAAGAGAGAUAAUAUUGUAUGUGGCAAAAUCAAUAUAAGUUGUUGUAUGUACCCCUAUUUGAUUGUACUUUACCAUGUAAAAGAAUUGGAUUGCUGAUCAGCUUGAGCUUACCUUGAACGUUUAUUACAUUCUUAAA